CGUGAUGCAUCAGUGGGAACCACCUGGCAAGUAAAAACUCCGAACAAAACCAUCCCGAAGUUGCCCAAAACUUAGCAAAACACAUCAAAUAGAUCACAUCAAGUGUAGGGCACUCUGACGAGGUGUCAUCAAGCAAGAGGCUAAUUGUAAUUUUGAGUUGGAACUCCUGGUAACCAGCUUGUUUUCAAAGUACCACAAGCGCAAAUUCAAUGUCGGCCAUCAGAUAUCUUGCAAAUAUUCUACCGUUAAUUCUGGUGGGGUUCGGCUUUCUGGUUGCACUAUCGUACGUGUACAAAGAGUUGUCAGUCGAGGGCGGCUACUCAGAGUGGUCCAACUGGAGCGCGUGUACACGGUCGUGCGGCCAAGGCUUACGAGGUCGAAUUAGACGUUGUGACAAGCCGAUUCCCGGUGUUAUGGGAAAGCCUUGCGCGGGACGAAAUGUCAACACAGAGAAGUGUGAACUGAAACCUUGCCCGCAAGACGGUGGCUUCACCGAGUGGGGAUUAUUUGGUGAUUGUGACAAAUCUUGUGGCGGAGGCGCAAGGACUCGGAAACGAGAGUGCACUAACCCCGCGCCGGCGUAUGGCGGAAAGCGAUGCGACGGCCCUCAUACGGAUACCAUGUCUUGUAAUAGCAAGCCUUGCCCGGUGAAUGGCGGGUUUUCACAGUGGACAGAGUUUAGCGCUUGCGAGUUGAAGGCUAGUUGUGGAGAGGGGAAGAAGAUCCGUACGCGCAAAUGUGACAAUCCAGUACCGGCCUACGACGGGAAGGGCUGCGAAGGUCCGCAUAGUGAAGAAGCAAAAUGCGAAGUUCCUUGCCCAACAUCGCCACCGACAACUCAGCCACCACCGAUGACAAACGCUACAGCCAUACCUAAUACUAUCCCUACUAACAUUCCUACGACGGCGAAACCCGCAAAAUAACGUAUUGCGAACGCUUUAUAAUCGUUAAUUUGAGUUCAAAACUCUAUGUCAGUGAAAGACUGGCUCUACACAAAUUCUUCUCACCAAUUUAUUUAUCGCUUUAGGAAACCCAACUAUCAAACCUACACGAAGUAAAUUGCUCAUUGUAAAACAUUUACAAUCAUUGAGUCCCUAAGAGGGAACUUUCUCCGUUUAUUCUAUUUAUUUCGAGUAAGCGCACUUAGGUUUUCCAACUGAACGUGGAAAUAAAACUGAGUUUCGUAAUAAUUGCACGCAUAAAUGCAUAUGAUUCUAAUUCACGGGCCCGGAAAAAAGCGUUUCAUUCAUUUGUCCACCGAGUUCACCAAAAAUAACCCUAUGUAUGUUGAUUUUUUUCUGUUUGUCUGUAAGCUUGUAAUAGGAAAAGGACGCAAUUUCCAUAGCUUUUUCAAUUGGAAUGGAAUGUAAAUUUCACAGUUUUCUAUGUCAUGGAGACAGGAUUUUGACAAAGGUAGUUGUGUCCUUCUUUUAUUGAUGUAGUUUUGUUUUGGUUACGCGACUGGUGAUGUGGCACCAAGGAACUCAAUUUGCCCAUCUGUCUAUCAUUUCGGCAGAUUCAGUCAUUUGUAAAUAAACACAAGGCAGUCAUCAA